CUCCUCAUAUAAAAACAGUCUUGUGGCUCGCCCUCUACGUGCAACAAAAAUCGGCUUUAAUUCUUAUUAGGUUAAAAUAUUUAUCCGCAAGGACUUCUGAAGGGUAGACUAAGCUGUAUUUUAAUGGUUUCUGGCGACAUUUGCUGGUUUAACAGCGCAGAGGACGAACAGGGAGAACUUUGAAGACAUGAACCGGCUGUGAGCUGCCGUCUUCCCUCGCCGGAGUUCGGAUUGUCUCGACCACACUGUCCGGCCGGGCCUCGGCUAGCUAGCUGUAGCUGCUAACUAGUUGAUCCCUCCGUGGCGUCUUUACCUCACAGCGGAGCUUUUGAGCCGCAUAGGAGGAAACAUUCAAGGCACCAACUGAAUGCUGGACGUGAGACGGACAGAGUGACCAUGGCCGUGUCGAGACUUGACCGUUUGUUCAUCCUGCUCGACACCGGAACAACACCAGUGACCAGGAAAGCAGCAGCCCAGCAACUAGGAGAAGUAGUCAAACUCCACCCACACGAACUCCAUAACCUUCUGGCAAAGGUCUUAACGUAUCUAAGGAGUCCCAACUGGGACACUCGAAUCGCUGCAGGCCAGGCUGUGGAGGCCAUCGUGAAAAACAUUCCUGAGUGGAAUCCAAGUCCAAAGCCAAAGGAAGAGUCCUGUGAGGACCUGUCUCCAGAGGAUUCGUCAUCAGACCGCCUCAGCUUCUACCACUUUGACAUCUCGCGCUUGCUGAAACAUGGAGCGUCCCUGCUGGGAUCUGCAGGGGCCGAGUUUGAGCUGCAAGAGGAUAAAACUGGGGAAAUGGACCCUAAGGAACGCCUGGCCCGACAAAGGAAGCUUCUGCAGAAGAAGCUGGGCCUGGACAUGGGGGCUGCUAUUGGAAUGGACACAGAGGAGCUCUUUAAUGACGAGGACCUGGAUGACACCUGUCAGUCAAGUGUCGUCAAAGCUCACGGAGUGAAGGUCACCGCUGGCUGCAGUUCUCAUAACCAUCUGACCAUUCAAGCUGCAGAGUUGAUCGACUCUGAGUUCAGGACGGGCAUGAGCAGUCGUCAAAAGAACAAAGCAAAGAGGAUGGCCAAACUGGUGGCAAAGCAGAGGUCCAGAGAUGUGGAUCCCAAUGAAAAGAGCAAUGACAGUUUUGAGGGAGAACCUGAAGAGAAACGAAGGAAAACCACAAACGUGGUCAUUGAUCAACCGGCAGCGCAGCCAAAAGUCUUGAUUGACAACGUUCCAGACACCUCCAGUGUUCUGGAGGAGUCAAGCGAGUGGCCUCUGGAGAGCUUUUGUGAGGAGCUAUGCAACGAUCUGUUCAACCCGUCAUGGGAGGUUCGUCACGGCGCUGGCACAGGCCUCAGAGAAAUCCUGAAGUGUCACGGUGCUGCUGGUGGAAAGCUGGUGGGAAGCACUGCACAACAGAUGUCUCGGCAGCAUCAGGAGUGGAUCGAGGAUCUGGUCAUUCGGCUGCUGUGCGUCUUCGCUUUGGACCGCUUUGGAGACUUUGUCUCUGACGAGGUGGUGGCUCCUGUCAGGGAGACGUGCGCUCAGACCCUUGGUGUCGCUCUCCGCCACAUGAACGAAAGCGGCGUUUUCAUGACGGUGAAUGUCCUGCUUAAGCUGCUGAGGGAGGAUCAGUGGGAGGUCCGUCACGGGGGCCUUUUAGGCAUCAAGUACGCCUUGGCUGUUCGUCAGGACUUGAUGGGCGUCCUGCUGCCGCGGGUGCUCCCCGCCAUCACUGAGGGUCUCCAGGACUUGGAUGACGAUGUGAGGGCUGUGGCGGCGGCUGCGCUCAUCCCGGUGGUGGACGGCCUGGUUCAGCUCCAGACCAAUGAGGUACCCUCCAUAGUAAACACCCUAUGGGAUGCUCUUCUGGACCUGGAUGACCUCACUGCUUCCACCAACAGCAUCAUGACAUUGCUGUCCUCGCUGCUCACCUACCCACAAGUGCGACUGUGCAGCAUGCAGCAGUCGCUCACUGUCUUGGUUCCUCGAGUCUGGCCGUUCUUAAGGCACACGAUAUCAUCGGUGAGACGGGCAGCGCUGGAAACUCUCUACACGCUGCUGUCAACGGCUGACCAGAGUUGUGCAGUCUGGAUAAAUCCCAUAAUACAAGAUAUGCUGCGGCACAUUUUUCAGUCCUGUAUUCUGGAGAGCCACGAGGAAAUCCUUGAACUUAUUCAGAAGGUGUGGAUGGAGCUGCUCUUUCAGGCCCCCCAGCAGUAUGUGGUGGCAGCCAGCUGUCCGUGGAUGGGGGCCUGGCUCUGCCUCAUGAUGCAGGCCUCUCACAUUCCUAUUGACCAGAACAUGCUGCUGGAGGUGAAGGCUCGCUCCAAGGACAAAGCUGGUGCAAAAGCUCGUCUGGGUAACAGUCAGGCGAAGGAAACUGUUCAGGAGUACAUAGCUGGAGCUGAGACGGUGGCCGAUGACCCGCUGACCAGGGACUACGUGGUCGUCCGAGCCCGACUCAUGUCGGCCAAGUUGCUUGGCGCCCUGUGUAAGUGCAUCUGUGACCCUCAGCUGAACGCUGCAACUCAGGAGAUCCGGCCUGCUGAGUCUCUGGCCCAGCUGCUGCUGUUCCACCUAAACUCCAAGUCUGCUCUGCAGCGCAUCGCUGUGGCGCUGGUGCUGUGCGAGUGGGCCGCACUGCAGAAGGACUGUCAGGUGGUGUCCUCCAUGGUGCAGCCUCGCCUUCUGGCCAUUCUGGCUGAGCAGUUGUACUACGACGAGAUUGCAAUCCCUUUCACGCGGAUGCAGAACGAGUGCAAGCAGCUGAUCACUCUGCUGGCUGAUGCCAACAUAGACCUUCAGGAUCGCUUCAGCUGUAGUGUUUUCACCAUCGACCAGGCCAACGAGCUGGUAACCACCAUAUUUACCGAAUCAACCGUGGGGCUGAAUCUGAAGACCAAACUGUGGCCGGCGCUGAACAGCAAACGGCAGCAAGCUCAGUCUACAGUGAUGGAGACCAGCUCAGAAUGGCAGCAGCUGCACCUGCGUGUCCACAUGUUCACCGCCUGCGCAGUCAUCAACCUGCAGGUCCUCCCCGACAAACUCAACCCCCUGAUCAGACCUCUGAUGGAGGCCAUGAAGAAGGAGGAGAACACUUUGAUCCAGAGCUAUGCCGCUUCCUUCAUAGCAAAGCUUCUCCAGCAGUGUGCUGGACGCACGCCGUGCCCCAACCCCAAGAUCAUCAAGAACCUCUGUUCCUCUGCCUGCGUGGACUCUGCAGUCACCCCCUCAUCAGCCUGUCCUGUUCCGUCUGCACCAGACGAUGCCAAAAUGGGUGCUUUAGAAAAGGAUGGUAUGCAUCACAUGGUCAACAAAACGCGAGGCAUCAUCACCCUCUACCGUCACCAAAGGGCUGCUUUUGCCGUCACCAGUAAAAGGGGCCCCGCCCCUAAAGCCCCCAAAACCCAGUCGGAGCUUCCUCCCGGCAGCUCCGUUGGAACAGACGGUGAUGAGAACAAAAGGCCGUUUCUCAUCCAGAGACGAGGGGCGGAGUUCUGUCUGACCACUAUUGCCAGGCACUUUGGAGGUGACCUGGUGAAGAGUCUGCCGUACCUCUGGGAGAGCACGGUGGGACCCCUAAGGACCGUGUUACAGGGUCAGUGCAUCGACAGACAAGCUCAGCUGGAGAAAGGAGAUGCUGCUGCUCAGGAGUUGGUCAACUCUCUGCAGGUGUUGGAGCUGAUGGCUGCAGCCAUGGCUCCUGACCUCCGACCUUUGUUACUGCAGCACCUCCCUCAUCUGUUCAACUGCCUCCAGCACCUCUACACGGCAGUGCGACACAUGGCGGCGCGCUGUGUGGGCGUGCUCGGUAAGAUUGCCACUCUGGAGGUCAUGAACAGUUUUCUGGAGUGCGUUCUGCCGUGGUUAGCCGCCAUCGAUGACAUCACCAAACAGGAAGGCGCCAUCGAAGCUUUAGCCUGUGUCAUGGAGCAGCUGGAGGUGGACAUCAUUCCCUACAUUGUUCUGCUGGUGGUUCCAGUUUUGGGGAGGAUGAGUGACCCCAGUGACAGCAUUCGCUUCAUGGCCACACAGUGUUUUGCUACACUCAUCCGCCUUCUGCCACUGGAGGCUGGUAUUCCAGACCCUCCAGCAAUGUCUGCUGACCUGAUUCGCCAGAAAGCCAGGGAGCGCUACUUCCUGGAACAGCUGCUGGAUGGUAGAAAGCUGGAAAACUAUCACAUUCCAGUUCCAAUUAAAGCCGAGCUCAGGAAGUACCAGCAGGAUGGCGUGAACUGGCUGUCAUUCCUGAACAAAUACAAGCUGCAUGGGAUCCUGUGUGAUGACAUGGGUCUUGGUAAGACGCUGCAGUCCAUCUGCAUUCUAGCAGGAGAUCACUACCUCAGGGCACAAGAAUAUGCCAAGACGAAGGCUGCAGACUGCAGCCCCCUCCCCUCUCUGGUGGUGUGCCCCCCCACACUGACUGGCCAUUGGGUGGAUGAAGUGGGAAAGUUCUGCACCAAAGAGUACCUCCACCCGCUCCACUACACGGGGCCCCCGAGCGAGCGCAUGCGGUUGCAGCAUCAGGUGAAAAAGCACAACCUCAUCGUCGCCUCCUAUGAUGUCGUGCGAAAUGACAUCGACUUUUUUAGAAACAUUAAAUUUAAUUACUGUAUUCUUGAUGAGGGUCACAUCAUCAAGAACGGCAAAACCAAACUUUCUAAAGCCAUCAAGCAGCUGGCUGCUAACUUUCGACUCAUCUUAUCGGGGACUCCCAUCCAGAACAAUGUCUUGGAGCUGUGGUCGCUGUUCGAUUUCCUCAUGCCGGGCUUUCUGGGAACGGAGCGGCAGUUUGCCGCUCGCUAUGGAAAGCCGAUCCUUGCCAGCAGAGAUGCCAAAAGCUCUUCACGGGAGCAGGAGGCGGGGGUUCUGGCCAUGGAGGCUCUUCAUCGACAAGUGUUGCCUUUCCUGUUGAGGAGGAUGAAGGAAGAUGUCCUUCAGGAUCUUCCACCAAAAAUUAUUCAGGACUAUUACUGCAACCUGAGUCCCCUACAGGUUCAACUCUAUGAAGACUUUGCCAAGUCUAGAGCCAAGGCCAGCGUGGAGGACAGCAUCUCCACAGCCUCUGCUGAGGAGGAGGAGGAGAAACCAAAGCUGAAGGCCACCGGACACGUCUUCCAGGCGCUUCAGUACCUGCGUAAACUGUGCAACCACCCCAGCCUGGUUCUGACCCCACAGCACCCAGAAUACAAACGGGUCACGGAUCAGCUGGCAGCUCAGAACUCGGGCCUGCGUGACAUUCAGCACGCCCCCAAACUCUCUGCUCUCAAACAGCUGCUCCUGGACUGUGGUCUUGGAGACGGUGGAGGAUCAGAGACGGGCACUGAAGCGGUGGUGGCCCAACAUCGCGUGCUGAUCUUCUGCCAGCUGAAGAGCAUGCUGGAUAUCGUUGAGCACGACCUGCUGAAGCCCAAAAUGCCCACCGUGACCUACUUGAGGUUGGACGGCAGCGUGCCGGCGGGCCUUCGCCAUGCCAUCGUCUCCAGGUUCAACAACGACCCAUCCAUUGAUGUUCUGCUGUUAACCACUCAUGUUGGCGGUCUGGGCUUGAACCUGACUGGUGCAGACACCGUGGUGUUUGUGGAACAUGACUGGAACCCCAUGAGGGACCUGCAGGCGAUGGACCGCGCUCACAGGAUAGGACAGAAACGCGUGGUGAACGUGUACCGGCUGAUCACCAGAGGUACGCUGGAGGAGAAGAUCAUGGGGCUGCAGAAGUUCAAAAUGAGCAUCGCCAACACGGUCAUCAACCAGGAGAACACCAGCAUGCAGAGCAUGGGCACUGACCAGCUGCUCAACCUCUUCACUCUGGACCAGGAGGAGAAGGACGGCAAAGGCGAGCAGUCGUCUUCAACCUCAGGGAAGCCCUCCAUGAAAUCCGUGAUCGACGGUCUGGGAGAGCUGUGGGACCAGCAGCAGUACGACACCGAGUACAACCUGGACAGCUUCAUGCACUCCCUGCACUAGCAAAGCUGCCUCCCCCUCCCCCCAGCAGGCUUUUGCUGGCCAAGCAGGGCCUGGAGCAGCCCGGACGGUUCCAGGACGGCAGUACCGUAAACACAGCCAUGCCCCCCACCCCCCACCCCCACCGUGACUGUAGCUCAGCCUCACAUCCUGACGUGUGAUCAGCUGCUGAUGCACUUUUGUUUCCUGCCCUGAAGCAGACGUUUCAUUUGUAGUUCCAGCAGGAGGCGCUUCCUUUAGAGCCUCCUUCCUGCCGUCUUUGCACACCACUCAGUUUUCAGUGGCGUUUCCCACAGAUCUGCCCUGCAGGUCUUCAAUCUGCACACCGCCAGCACCUGAUGGACACACACCUGCUUUUGUUUUAACAAAGGAGACGAGAAGCCAUAGGAUCUGCCCCCCAGGACUGCUAAGCUAACGGUCCCAGAGCUACACAUGGGAGGAGGUUGGGGGAGGGACAUAGGAGAAUCCCGUUCAGAGACUGAUCCAGCUCAGAAGGGUUCCUGAGAGCCGCUGCAAGUAUUUUAAGAGGAUUGUAUAUAUUUCUGUAAUUGCUGCUUUUUGGUUAUGAUGGUGGAAUGGGAAUACAUUCUGCAAACCUUUCAGA